UUCUACACCGAUAAGUGUAUCACUUUCCGAAUAAACUUCCAGUGAUCAAGUCCUACGGGGAGGAUUAUAAUUUACUCAUCAAAUCAAGCAACUUUUUAAGUAGAAUUCUUGUUUGACCCAUCCAUCUCGAGUAAAAUGGUUCGUGCCUGGUUCAUGGAUGAUGAGUCAACCGAUCAACGCCUAGAACACCAACGCAAUCCACCCGAGUUCCUGGACCUAGACCAGCUAUUCAAGUUUACCGGUGUGGAAUAUUUUAAGAUCAACGUUCCAACCUACGACAGCGAUGGGAUACUGGAGCAAAUACGGAAGGAUCGCGGCUACAGCUACGAGGACGAGAUCACCUGUUCCAAGGAGUGUCUGCCCGAUUACGAAAACAAACUGAAAAACUUUUUCACCGAGCAUCUGCACACGGAUGAGGAAAUCAGAUUCGUGCUGGACGGAUCCGGUUAUUUCGAUGUUCGCAAUGGCAAAGAUGAUCAAUGGAUUCGGAUCGAAGUUGUGGCUGGGGACAUGAUUGUGAUCCCUAGUGGAAUUUAUCAUCGCUUUACUUUGGACGUCAAGAACUUCAUUCGUGCUAAGCGCUACUUUGUUGGGGAACCUGUAUGGCUACCGUACAAUCGACCGGCCGACGAUAUGGAAUGCCGAAAGCAAUACCUUUCCAAAAUGCAGGCCGGAUUUGCAGCAUGAAAAGACCACAGCUUUGACUGGAACUGAGCACCCUAUUGGCAUCUGGAAUUAUGAUAAUUUUAUAAACGGAUUUAUUAAAAGAUUUGAUUAAAUAUUCUAAACUUA